UGGACUGAAAAAGGCAAUGUCCAACCAAACCACUGUAACCGAGUUCCUCCUCCUGGAAUUUUCUGACAGCCAGGAGCUGCAGCUUUUACACUUUGCCAUCUUUCUAGCAGCGUACCUGGCAGCUCUGAUAGGGAAUCUCCUCGUUAUCAUGGUGGUAGCCCUCGACCACCACCUUCACACUCCCAUGUACUUCUUCCUCAUGAAUUUGUCCAUCCUAGACCUGGGAAGCAUCUCUGUCAUUGUCCCCAAAUCCUUGGGCAAUUCCCUGUGGAACACCAGGUUGAUAUCCUAUGCUGGAUGUGUUGCCCAAGUUUUCCUUUUCUUCUUCUUUGCUACAGCCAACUUUGCCUUCCUCACCAUCAUGGCAUACGAUCGAUGCAUUGCCAUCUGCAAACCACUGCACUAUGAGACCAUCAUGAACAGGAGAGCUUGCGUCCAGAUGGCAGUCAGUGCAUGGGUCAGUGCCAUUCCCUACUCUGCACUGCACACUGGUAACACUUUUCGGUUACCUUUCUGCCACUCCAACAUCGUCAGCAAGUUUUUCUGUGAUGUUCCCCAGCUGCUCCAGCUCUCCUGCUCUGACUCCUAUCUCAGUGAAUUUGGGAUUCUUAUCUUUAGUGCAUGUUUAUAUUUAAUCUGUUUUGGUUUCAUUGUUGCAUCAUAUGUUCAGAUCUUCAGUGUGGUACUGAGAAUCCCUUCAAGGCAGGGCCGGCAUAAAGCUUUCUCAACCUGUAUUCCUCACCUUGUUGUGGUCUCCUUGCUUAUUUUCACUGGCAUGGUUGCAUACAUGAAGCCCACAUCCAACUCCCCAUCAGGUCUGGAUCUCAUGGGGGAUGUUCUGUAUGCCAUACUGCCACCAAUAGUCAAUCCAAUCAUCUACAGCAUUAGGAACAAGGAAAUCAAAGCUGCCCUUGGAAAAUAUAUUGCUUGGAAUUUGUUCAGUUGAAAGAAAGAGCCCAUCUUUUUCUCAUAUGUAUCGUUUGAUUAUCUUUUUCUGCGUAUAGGUAUUUAACCAGUAGAUAAAUCCACAAAAGUAGGGCAAUGUGCAAUCCAGACCAACUCCACUGAAGAAAUUUAAGUGCCUAAAGAUUACAAUUAGACUUUCUUUCCUUAGAAGUUUAUACUGCCCUCUUUCCCAUCUUAAAGGAGCUUGAUUACAAAGUGCUACAGUAUGUAGUUACAGCUCCAGUGAGUUAAAAUUAAACCUUGCUCUGGCUUUGUGCUAACGUCCCCCCUAAUUCAAUCUACUUGUUAGCAUGUACUUGGUUAACAGUCCUUUACAAUCAAAGGUGGCUGGAUGUGAUGCUAGUCACAUAGCUUCCUUAUGUGCUAUUGACUCCAGAAACUGGUGUAUGUAAAUCAUGCUAACCCCUGGAACUCACAGAUCAUUAAGAUUUAUAAGCCAUACUUGUGCUAAUUAAUCAAUUUCCUUGUAAAAUCAGUAGCAGAUGAAAGUCAAGAAGUGGAUUUCAGGGAACCUCUGGCAUUCUGUAGGCUAAGACCUCUUCCUUGAGCCUUAAAUCCAUACUCCCCUUCAGCCAAGCAGUGGACUUUUUUUCUUUAGCACAGGUAUUCAGAAGUGCUUGGGAAGAUGAAUGCAAUGAAGGGGGAAAUGUUUGCUUAGAGGGACAUCUUCAUGAUUUCUCAGCUAUUAUUUCCUCAUAGCCUUG